UUCGGACUAAAGGAUCCGAAAGGAAAAAGAAAACCGAGAAGGCAAGAAAAUGGAAAGGAGGCUGAGAGAGACGGGAUUCGGAUAUCUGUUGGCGGGUCUUCUUCUGGUGAGCCUAUUCACCGGAAUCGAUUCAAUUUCGGUCACUGUGAACGAGCUUGAAUGCGUUUAUGAGUACGUUUUGUACGAAGGCGACACUGUUUCUGGAAAUUUUGUGGUGGUCGAUCAUGAUAUUUUCUGGGGCGCCGAUCAUCCCGGCAUUGAUUUCUCUGUUACAUCUCCCGCAGGUAAUGUGGUUCACUCUUUGAAGGAGACAUCUGGCGACAAGUUUGAGUUUAAGGCUCCUCGUAGUGGAAUGUAUAAAUUCUGUUUUCAUAAUCCCUACUCGACUCCUGAGACUGUUUCUUUCUACAUCCAUGUGGGUCACAUUCCGAACGAACAUGACCUUGCUAAAGAUGAACACCUAGACCCUAUAAAUGUUAAGAUUGCUGAGCUUAGAGAGGCAUUGGAGUCGGUCACUGCUGAGCAGAAAUAUUUGAAAGCACGUGAUGCUCGCCACCGUCACACGAACGAAAGCACAAGAAAGCGUGUAAUUUUCUAUACAGUGGGAGAGUAUUUGUUGCUUGCUGUUGCAAGUGGGCUACAGGUCGUUUACAUUCGUCGGCUGUUCAGUAAGUCAGUUGCAUAUAACCGGGUGUGAGCAAUCCUAGUGAUAAAGUUGUUGCUUCUGUGUUAGGUUUCAGGAACCUUAGGAAUGAGUUAUAGACAAUUAUUCGUUGAAAAAGUUAACAUUGAGUAUAUUAUAUAAUCACUUUUGACCAUUCUACUGUUUUAAAUUUUAAUAAGUUGGUUAUAUGUUCA